GGCCAAGAAGAGGGGAGGCCAAACAGAGAGUAGCUCCAAACCUUGGACUAAAUCUGAGUGUAAUUUCUUGAGCCAGGAUGGAAGGGGAGUCUUACCACAAUGAAACCACUGUCAACGGCACCCCCGUAAAUCACCAGGCUUUGGAACGCCACGGACUUUGGGAAGUCAUUACUAUUGCGGCUGUGACCGCUGUGGUCAGUCUGAUGACCAUUGUCGGCAAUGUCUUGGUUAUGAUCUCCUUCAAAGUCAACAGUCAGCUCAAGACAGUUAACAACUAUUACCUGCUCAGCUUGGCCUGUGCAGACCUCAUCAUUGGCAUCUUCUCCAUGAACCUCUACACGACCUACAUCCUCAUGGGACGCUGGGUUCUCGGGAGUCUAGCCUGUGACCUUUGGCUGGCACUCGACUAUGUAGCCAGCAAUGCUUCUGUCAUGAACCUUCUGGUGAUUAGCUUUGACCGUUACUUUUCCAUCACAAGACCACUGACAUACCGGGCUAAGCGUACCCCAAAGAGGGCUGGCAUCAUGAUCGGCUUGGCAUGGCUGGUCUCCUUCAUCCUCUGGGCGCCAGCCAUCCUCUGCUGGCAGUACUUGGUCGGGAAGCGGACAGUACCACCUGAUGAGUGCCAGAUCCAGUUCCUCUCUGAGCCCACCAUCACUUUUGGGACAGCCAUUGCUGCCUUCUACAUCCCUGUCUCCGUCAUGACCAUACUCUACUGCCGGAUCUACCGGGAAACAGAGAAGCGAACCAAGGACCUGGCUGACCUCCAAGGUUCCGAUUCUGUGGCAGAAGUCAAGAAGAGAAAGCCGGCUCACAGGACCCUGCUCAGAUCUUUUUUUAGCUGCCCUAGACCCAGCCUGGCCCAGAGAGAAAGGAAUCAGGCCUCCUGGUCAUCCUCCCGUAGAAGCAACUCAACAACAGGAAAACCAACCCAGGCCACUGACCUAAGUGCUGACUGGGAAAAGGCUGAGCAGGUUACCAACUGUAGCAGCUGUCCCUCUUCAGAGGACGAAGCCAAGGCUACCACUGACCCUGUCUUUCAAGUGGUCUACAAGAGUGAGGCCAAGGAAAGCCCCGGGAAGGAAUUCAAUACCCAAGAGACGAAGGAAACGUUUGCGAGCCCUCGGACUGAAAACAAGGACUAUGACGCUCCCAAAUACUUCCUGUCUCCAGCUGCUGCUCAUAGACUCAAAAGUCAGAAGUGUGUAGCCUAUAAGUUCCGAUUGGUGGUAAAAGCUGAUGGGACCCAGGAGACGAACAAUGGCUGUCGCAAGGUGAAAAUCAUGCCCUGUUCCUUCCCAGUGUCCAAAGACCCUUCAACAAAAGGCCUGGAUCCCAACCUCAGCCAUCAAAUGACCAAACGAAAGAGAAUGGUCCUAGUUAAAGAGAGGAAAGCGGCGCAGACCUUGAGUGCCAUUCUCCUGGCCUUCAUCAUCACAUGGACUCCUUAUAACAUCAUGGUCCUGGUUUCCACCUUCUGCGACAAGUGUGUCCCUGUUACCCUGUGGCACUUGGGUUACUGGCUGUGCUAUGUCAACAGCACCAUCAACCCCAUCUGCUACGCUCUCUGCAACAGAACCUUCAGGAAGACCUUUAAGCUGCUGCUUCUCUGCCGGUGGAAAAAGAAAAAAGUAGAAGAGAAGUUGUAUUGGCAAGGCAACAGUAAGCUACCCUGAAACCUUAGCAACUCCUCUCGAAAGAACAAUGAUCACGGUCUGGUUUGCUUGUUAAAGGAAUGUCGUCUGCCAUUCUGAGUCCCUGAAGGCUUG